GCACUCGCACUUCCUUGGUUUUUCGUGCUUUCCUGUCAACUUCCUAUCGUAGCCCACACCGCGAUGUGUCAAAGAGUAGCGAGAGGAUAUCGCUGGACCAAAUGCGGGCACUUCCAGCGACAAGAAGUCAUCGCGAUCGUCGAGUGUCAGGACGCCCGGUGCGCGCGCAGCGUCUGGCACCCCAAAGACUGCCGCUGGCCAGAGUGCCAGCACAACCCCGACUGGGGCGACCAGAUCGAGUACGACACCGAGCGGAUACGUGACUACUGCUGGGCGUGCAAGAGCAAGUUCGAGCGCGAGGCGCGGGAGCGGGCGCGUCAGGUCGAGAGCGCGGUGAAAAGUUGAUUCUUUCAGAAGUCGACAGCGCACCUUGGCAACGCGCGACGAGGGCUUAGGUGGUCAUGAGGCAGGCGUCUGGCGUGGCCGCGUUGCCGUCUGUGUCGUCGUCGCGUCUCUCCGUGGCAUGGCGUGGCGCGAGCGCUUGAGCUUGAGCUUGAGCUUGAGGUCCCAUGACCUGCCUUCUGGCGUCCCGUGCCCCCCUUCCCCACACCACCUUAGAUCCGCCCUCAGUCUUCUUACGUCCCGCCUGACAGGUGGGGCCGCCCCGACAUACGUAGAUGACUCGGCUCCGCGAUCUACACCCAUUCACCAUGAUUGCAUCUCGCCUUGUUAGACACUCAUGCAUCUCACUCAGUGACGCUACCUUCGACGACUUUGUGUAUCUAUAGCUGUGUUAUACCUCGCUAUCAGUAUCUUGUACAAUAGACAGUAUAUAAUAAAC